AAGCAACACCAAAACAUCUUUUCCAAAUUCUCUCUUUUCUCUCUCAGCAAAACUCCUUUCUCUCUCUAGAAUUGCAAGAACAACAAGUUUUUCGGUCGAUUUUUGGAUAAGCAACAAUUAUAAUUGGAGAGUUGUUGCAUCUGAUCCAAGAAUCUUCAAAACCUCAUUCUUCAUUUUGGCAACUACUUUUUUGUUUUGUUUUGUUUUGUGAUCUGGUAACUUGUUCAGAACAAUGACGAGGGUAAGUAGGGAUUUUGGUGAUACAAUGCAAAGAGAGGCCGUGCCUGCGGUUUCUGCCGAUGUAAUUUUUGCUUCUAGUCGGUUUCCAAAUUACAAACUCGGAGCAAACAAUCAGAUUGUGGAGGGAAAGGAUGAUCCCAGAGUGCUAUCAAUGAAGGAGGUUGUUGCGCGCGAGACAGCACAGCUGUUGGAGCAGCAGAAACGGCUCUCAGUUCGCGACCUUGCCAGUAAAUUCGAGAAGGGCUUGGCUGCCGCUGCUAAAUUGUCUGAAGAGGCCAGACUUAGAGAGGCAGCUUCAUUGGAAAAGCAUGUUCUUUUGAAGAAGCUCAGAGAUGCACUGGAGUCCUUGAGAGGGCGUGUGGCUGGUAGAAACAAGGAUGAUGUUGAGGAAGCAAUAGCAAUGGUGGAGGCUUUAGCAAUUCAAUUGACUCAAAGAGAAGGAGAGCUGAUGCAAGAAAAGGCAGAAGUGAAGAAGCUAGCGAAUUUUCUUAAGCAGGCUUCAGAAGAUGCUAGAAAACUUGUUGACGAGGAAAGAGCUUUUGCUCGUGCUGAAAUUGAAGCUGCUAGAGCAGCAGUGCAGAGAGUAGAAGAGGCCCUUCAAGAACAAGAGAGAAUGUCUCGAGCUUCAGGGAAGCAGGACUUGGAGGAGUUAAUGAAGGAGGUUCAAGAGGCUAGGCGAAUUAAAAUGCUGCAUCAGCCUAGCAAGGUCAUGGACAUGGAACACGAGCUCCAGGCAUUGAGAAAACAGCUUGCGGAGAAGUCUAAGCACUAUCUUCGACUUCAGAAAGAGCUGGCAAUCAAUAAGAAAGGCAUGGAGAACAAUCAGUUAUUCGAAUUAGAUGGUGUUGAAGCUCUAGGUUCUUAUUUGCAAAUUCAACCUUGCCCUGAUAACGCUCCAGAUCUUUCUCAAUGUUCAAUACAAUGGUAUCGCGUCUCAUCUGAAGGUGGCAAAAAAGAGCUUAUAUCAGGAGCUACCAAAUUAGUCUAUGCUCCAGAGCCAUUUGAUGUUGGACGAAUCUUGCAAGUUGAUAUUACUGCAGAAGGCCAGACAAAGACACUGACAACCACUGGUGCAAUCGAUCCUGCUGCUGGAUUGGGUAGUUAUGUGGAGGCACUUGUCCGGAAACAUGACGUUGAGUUUAAUGUGGUGAUUACCCAGAUGAACGGGGUUAAUCAACAAUCGGAAUCUAUUCAUGUAUUUCACAUUGGGAAGAUGAGGAUAAAGCUUUGCAAAGGAAAGACAACGGUAGCUAAAGAAUACUAUUCCACUUCUAUGCAGCUAUGUGGAGUUCGAGGUGGCGGAAAUGCUGCGGCUCAGGCAUUGUUUUGGCAAGCAAAGAAAGGGCUUUCAUUCGUUCUAGCAUUCGAAUCAGAAAGAGAGCGAAAUGCAGCUCUCAUGCUUGCGAGGAGGUUUGCUUUUGAUUGUAAUAUCAUGUUGGCGGGGCCAGAUGACAGAGCAGCCUUGGGGACCUAAUGAACCUCCCAUUUGAUCUCACCAAAUCACUAAUGUAAUUAGCCAAGUUGUUCAUUGUAUUAUAUGUUUGGUAAUGGUAGAGCAUGGCAUUGUGUAAUUGUGACAAGGCCUCUUACAGGUUUUUUUUUUUUUUUUUUUUUUCUUUUUUUC